AUGGUAGACGCCCUUGACGAGUCAGUAGGGGAUGUGCUUGAGGCCCUGUAUGAAGCUGACAUGCUGGCAAACACCAUCAUUGUGAUGAGUAGCGACAACGGUGGCCUCUCCUCCGGAGUGGAGUCCAAUGGGGGCAGCAACUUCCCGCUUCGCGGAGGAAAAGGAACACUCUGGGAAGGGGGCACCAGAGCCAGCGCCUUCAUCUGGAGUCCCCUGUUAUAUCAGAAGAACAGGGUGUCCGACCAGAUGAUGCACAUCACCGAUUGGCUUCCCACGCUUUAUGCCGCUGCCCAAGGCAACCCUUUCAAUUUAGGUGCACUGGAUGGCCAAAACUUGUGGAACCAUCUUUCUUACAACUUGCCAUCUGCACGCUACGAAUUAUUGUACAAUAUUAAUCCCAUUGACCUAACGUCGGCCAUUCGUUUCUUGAACUACAAACUGGUUCUGGGAGAAUCUUCCGGCACUGAAGAAAACGACCAGCGCCUUGAAACGCCAGGCAAUUCUCGCCCCUAUCGGGACCUGGACAUCGCCAUGGCGCAGUCUAAGGCCGCGAGGGUGCUCAGAAACUUUCACAACAAAGGAAUCCUUUUCAUGGACAGUAAUUGGAGACAGAAAGCUGCACUCAACUGCGGCGACGAUGAGAGGGAAAACUUUGUGCCGGGAGCUCCUCCGUACCUAUUUGACCUGGCGAAGGAUCCGUGUGAGAUGAGCAACAUUGCACUCAAAGAACCCGGAGUGAGUUUACGGCAGUGGUCCUCUCUUUGA